GUUCUGGUUCAGGCAUAGGGCCUCUAACCGGAGCCAAGGACGUAGACCCGUAUACUAAGGGUUCUUUCUGGGGUUUAUGCGUCUUCUCUCUCAGAAGUCACCCUGAAUUUCACCUUCAAGUUCCCAAAUGAGAGCGUCUCUUCUACAUCACGCGCGCACAUCUCAUGUCUCACGCGCCUUCCUUUCACGGACUCUCACCGUCUCCGCUGCCGCCGCCGCCGGACCUGUAUCCGUACCUUCUGUCAAAAUGGCGGCCUCUAAAUCUCAGUCGGGUUCUCGAGUGCUCCUCGGCAUGUCCGGCGAUGAGCUUCAACAAGUAGCUCUCGACUUAGGUCAGCAAAGUUAUAGGGGCAAGCAAUUACAUCAUAUUCUGUACAAGCGGAAGGUAAAGGAAAUACAUGAUUUUGUCCAGUUGCCACUGGAGUUCAGAAGAGAACUACAGGAGGCUGGGUGGAGUGUUGGAAGAUCGCCAAUUCAUAAGGCAGUCACCGCAGCUGAUGGAACCGUUAAGUUGUUGAUAAAACUGGAAGACAACCUGCUAGUUGAGACAGUUGGCAUUCCGGUCGAAGAUGAUAAAGGUUCAUUUCGCUUGACAGCAUGUGUCUCGUCUCAGGUUGGCUGCCCAUUGCGAUGUUCCUUUUGUGCCACUGGAAAGGGAGGAUUCUCAAGGAAUCUUAAACGGCAUGAAAUAAUCGAACAGGUCUUAGCAAUAGAAGAGGUAUUCAAGCAUAGAGUUACAAAUGUUGUGUUUAUGGGCAUGGGUGAGCCAAUGAUGAACAUGAAAGAAGUUCUUGAAGCACACCGUUGCCUGAAUAAGGAUGUUCAAAUUGGGCAAAGGAUGAUUACCAUUUCGACAGUUGGAGUUCCAAACACAAUAAAAAGACUGGCUUCUCACAAGCUUCAGUCGACAUUGGCUCUCAGCUUACAUGCUCCAAAUCAGAAACUUCGGGAAAAGAUUGUACCGAGUGCAAAGGCUUAUCCUUUGGAUGCAAUAAUGAAGGAUUGUAGGGACUACUUCCUUGAAACCAGUCGACGGGUUUCCUUUGAGUAUACACUUUUAGCUGGAGUAAAUGAUGCAGUUGAACAUGCCAUUGAACUAGCAGAAUUGCUUCACAAGUGGGGCCGUGGACACCAUGUGAACAUAAUACCUUUCAAUCCGAUAGAAGGCUCGGAAUACAAACGUCCAUAUAAAAAAUCUGUUCUAGCAUUUGCUGCUGCUCUCGAGUCCCGCAAGAUAACUGUCAGCACACGCCAAACGCGAGGACUUGAUGCAAGCGCCGCCUGUGGUCAGCUGAGAAACGAAUUCCAAAAACGCCCUUUGCACGCCGGCACUGAUCACCAGCAGUCUCAAUCAGAAGUUGCAAUUGCUUCUUGAAACGGUCGAUGACGAAUUCCAAAAAUGCCCCCCCCCCUCCUCCUAUGUUAAAAGUUGAAUAUGUGGCUCACGCGAUCUUCGGACAGGGUCACAGAUGAAGAAUGUUGGGUGAGAAAGUCGUGCUUCUUGACGAAUGACAAAUCAAACCAGCUCAAAUUGGGAGUCAAAGAUUUACAAUUGUUGACUGGAUUAAUCUUUUCUUGUUGGUGUGAUGUGCUUUCGGACAUGUUAUAAUUUUUAUUUAGUACUAAUAGAGUUAAAACAUUUUAGACGAUGAUUAAUGUACAUACUUUGGGUCAUAGAGUUCAACCAUUUUUUAUAUGUGGAAGUUUUUUAAUAAAGAAUUUAGUAAUUU